UCCAUCAUAAUUGCAUUGCGAUGCAAUUUCAUAUUUCAUAUAUGAAAAUAAAAUUAUAUUUUUAAAAAUGUCUACAAACGAAAAAGAAUACUUCGGUCCUCUCACAUUGCACCAGAAAUGUGAUUCGCCAACAAUAUUCAAAAGUGACGAGCGCACUGAGAGCCGUUGUGUGUUGUGCGAUGAAAUAUUUAUUUUACCAACUUUCGAAAAGCAAUUACUUACUCAUUUAUUUAUGGAACAUCGACUUGUAAUUGCUGAUGUCAACCAGAUAGCGGAUUUGAAUGGAUACCUACAAUAUUGGAGACACAGAUUUAAAGAUCAAAACCUACCUUAUUUUUGUACAACAAUGCUUCUAGACAACAAACCAGAUGGAACAAAGUCUAAAAAUGAGGAAUAUUAUUUAUUAGGUGAAGUUUUACCAGAAGAUAAAGAAUUACGCAUGAAUUUACAGCAAACAAAAUUGGAGAAACUUCUACUAAGACAACAGUUUGAAAGAAUAGACAAGAAUUACAAAAGGGAGUGUCUGUUCUGCCGUUUUGUAACUGCCACCACAAGGGCUGCUUACUUAAACCAUUUAUAUGAAAAGCAUAAUUUUCAUAUAGCCAAACCAGACAAUUUAAUAUUUAUUGAUGAAUUAAUUAACACAAUUGCUCAUAAAUUACAAAAUCUUCAAUGUAUAUUUUGUGAAGGAUUGUUCAAGGACCGUACCAUAUUAAAAGAACAUAUGCGUAAAAAAGGUCACAAAAGGAUAAAUCCAGAUAAUAAAGAGUAUGAUAAAUUUUUUCUAGUCAAUUAUGUUGGUGAUAAAGUGCCACCUAAAAACAAUCAGAAACUUCACAGUCAUAAGAAACAAAAUUGGACCGCACAGAAGAAAGUGGAUUAUGAAAUGGAUUCUAAUGUAGACAGUGAUCCAGAAUGGUCGGAGUGGACUGAAGAGGAUGGGCCAUUAAUUACAUGUCUGCUGUGUCAGCAUAAUGAGAAAGAAUAUGAUAAUGUACUAAAUCAUAUGACACUACAACAUGAUUUCUCAUUCACAGAUGUCACAAAUGGUUUAGACUUCUAUCACAAAAUAAAAAUUGUGAACUAUAUGCGUCGUCAAAUACAUUUGAAACAAUGUUUUUCAUGUAACACUAAAUUUGAUGAAUUAAAAAAUCUUCAGAAACAUUUGAAAGAAAUGAAACAUUGCAUACUAGACAGGGAGAAAUGGGAUCAACCUGAAUAUUAUUUUCCUACUUAUGAAGAUGACUUAUUUUUGUGUUUCAUCCAAGAUGAUGAUGAAAGUUGGUGGUCAAGUGAUGAACAGGAAGUGAAUAAACGAAAUAGUAUGUCAGAUUGUAUAUCAAAAGAAAUGGCACUGGCUGUAUUAGAUGAAUGAAUUACUAAUGUAGUUUUAAAUUAAAAUUUUGUCUAUCUGUUUAUCUUGAUUCCUGUCAUUAUGGCGGCUAUGGUCCAUUACGUCUCUAAGACACUGUCGUGAUUUUUGAAUAUAAUAGCCUAAGUAUAUUUGUCUAUGACUGUACAAUAUAAUAAAAUGGAUUUAUUUUUAUCAGAGUACUUAUACAAGAUUAUGAUGUAUAUUGGUGUUAUUAAAUGUUUGAUGUAUUAAUGUUAUAAA